AAAUAUCAAGACACUAACGAAUCCACUCCCAUUCCGAACAAUCAUUUGAUUGACUUUUUUACUAAAAAUUUAAAUAAUUUUCAUGGCUCCCUCCCUCCCUUGUAAUCCCUGAACACGUUCAGGGCUUCCAAGGUAUAAAAAAAGCUUUUACGAAUUAAUACACGUCAUUAUUAUAAUUUUUCUUUUCAAUUUUGACUGUUAAUUAGCUAAUCCAUUUGGAAUUGUGCCCCUAUUAUCUCAACUAUUUUCCAAUUUUCAAGCCAAUGUCAGUUGUUACAAAAUAUUCAGGGAGAUGAUGUCAAUAGCGUGAUAAUUCUUUUGCCUCCCUCCACCGCUGGAUUAUCUAAUUCGUGAGCCAUUGACUUUUUUUUUCAUAAAAGAAAAACCUGCAAUGACCAUGAAGAGAGCAAUGGCGCCGCAAACUUUUCCACAUUUGGGUGUUGGAAUUUGAAUGUAUGUGUGUUUCGGUAUAUAGUAACCGUCCAGGUGCGUAUGGAGUCGCGGCAAAUAUAGAAAAAGGUAGGGGGAGAGGGGCCGACAGUGAAUGUAUUCCCAAGAGCUAUAUGUAGCUUCAUCGAAACAACCAGUAAAAUUCGACGCCAGUUGCUCAUUCGUUUGCUUUCGCUGUUGAACUCUAUAGUGUUGUGUCAAAAAAACAUUCUCUUCAAGCUCCCAUUCUUCAUCUACAAUAACCAAAAGCUGGUGAAGCAGCAGAAGAAUAUCGUUUUUUUUACUGCUCCGUUUUCACUUGGGACCAAAAUAAGUUGAAUAUUCCGACGAUCUAGGAAUAUUUAAAUGGUUAUGAUUCUCGUGGUUGUUGAUCAGCCGUCGACAGGCUUUGCAGUUAAUUUAUAAUUGACCAUUUGUUUGUAUUAAUUACCCGUUGAAGCUAUGCGAAGACUCCUUAGGAUUUGAGUUGUCAUGUAGAAGUGCAUGUGAUGAGAGUUUUGGGAGAGUUUGACGAUAUUUUAGAUCAGUUAUUUAUUCUCAGUUUAUUAUUUACCCAUUGGAAAAGUAUUACAUGGAUGUGUCUCAUUACUUGAUAAUACAUUGUUAUUAUAAAAUCAACUCUGUGUAAGUGAUGAUGGGUGUAUUGAGAUGGAGAUACGAUCUUAGAUCGGAGGGCGGUCCACAACAGCAACAACAGCAAAGAGCUAACGGUCAUACUGGGGCACCCCCCAAACAUAUGACCCAAGUGAGAAAGACAUUGCGAGAUGAAACUCACAGUUCAACUGGGACGAUGCAAAUGCCAAUGCCAUUGUCCGCCACAACCCCAACGAGUGAUGAACCCCUGGGACGUGCCCUAAUGGAGGCGGUUAUCAAACAAGCGAACAAUGAUACUCAAAUGCAGCUGCCCCUUGUGGUAACGCCACCAGGUUACUGGUUAGAUGGGACUGAUCAUCGACAUGUUUUUGAUUUUACUGGCAGAGCUAUGCUGCCGACUCAGCCCGCCUGGCAGCCGAGGAUUGAUCAAGAUGAUACGGCCAAAUGUUAUCGCCGAUUCUUCGUUGGGCGGGAGCAUGUCAAUCUGAUUGGGAGAGACAAUGAAAAUGGGCCUGUGCUCCUGUCAGUCAAGGGAGAAACUGUUGCUGGACAAGAACAUUGGAGAAUACUUUUACGAUUACGAACCGGCUCAACACAUGAACUCGUAGCAACCACUGUUCUCGGUUCAAAUAUAUCACCUGCCAAAAUGAUCAAGGUAAUCAAUGAAUCUCUGAGUGUUACCACAUUGAUACCAGUUGUUUGUUCUGGAGCAGGAAGUCUAAUAGCGAGAUACGAUGAACAUGCUCUAGUUAGUAGAUUUAAAUUUGGCGUACUACAUCAACGAGCAGGACAGGUUACCGAAGAACAGCUAUUCGGUAAUCGACAAAUAACACCUGCUUUCCAAGAAUUUUUGGAUCUUCUGGGCCAAACAAUCGAUCUCAGAGAUCACAAAGGGUAUCGAGGUGGCCUUGAUACACAGUACGGCCAGACCGGUGAUUCAGCAGUUUAUGAAGUAUUUCGUGGUCGGGAAGUACUUUUUCACGUGGCAUCUCUUCUGCCGUACAGUUCUGGCGAUCCUCAACAGUUACAACGUAAACGUCACAUUGGAAACGAUAUUGUGGCAAUAAUAUUUCAAGAGGAACCAACUCCCUUCAGUCCAGACAUGAUCGCUAGUCAUUUCCUUCAUGCAUUCAUUGUUGUACAGGUCAUUGAUCCCUGUACAUCUAAUACUAGAUAUAAAGUGAGCAUUACUGCACGCGAUGAUGUACCCUGGUUUGGUCCUGCAUUACCAAUACCGUCAGUAUUUCCCAAGAGCGUUGAAUUUAAGGAAUUUUUACUCACUAAGCUCAUAAAUGCCGAAAAUGCGGCUUACAAAGCUGAAAAAUUUGCUAAACUUGAGUUGAGAACACGAUCUGCGCUGUUGGAGUCUCUCACUGAAGAGCUACAGUCCAAGACUAACGAUUUUUUGGGGACUACUAUUGGAUUAGGACCAAGUGGGGUACCGUGUCCGUUGAGUCCGUCAGCAAGUGAUACCUCGGGCUCGGGUAGCGGUGGGAGUGGGUCUAGAUUUAUUGAUACUGUGCGCAAGGCUCUCACUUCACGAGUGAAAAAUGCCUCGACAGAUUCUGUACCUCAACAGCUAACGAAAAAGAGUCAGUUCGAGACUGCCCCGUUAAAUAAUCGUCAAUCCACGUCAAAACCCCUAGGAAAGCUCUUCAUUGAGCUCGCAAGCCCUUCGGGAGCUUCAGAAUCAGUAUUGGUUUCGGAUUUUGAGCAGGAAAAUCAGAAGACACGUAAACAAGUAAAUAGUCUAUUAAAUACAAAUACAAAUAGUGAGGCCUCUAAGGAUCCUGUUCAAAGGGGAGAGGACGAAGAAGAUGAUGAAGAGGAAAGAUUAGAAGGGGAUGGGGAUGAUGAUGAUAAUGAUGAUGAUGCUGACGAUAACGAUGAUGAUGAGCGAAAAGUAGAAGCAGAUGAAUCAGCGAUCCAGGCGAAGCUUGUCAAAGAUUCUAGUAAAAUUAAUAGUAAAAAAUCACGGAUGACACAAGAGAACUGGAAAAAACGUACCGCAAAAGUAGAAAAAUCUUAUAACAGAACCUCUAGAGGUGUUUCAGAGAGUGAUGAUAGCUCCUUAAACAGUGAGUUGGAGCUGGAACAAAUUCUCUAUCCUGACAGUGAUACGGGACUCGAAUCAAUGAGUUCCGCAGAAACUCAUGAAGUCAGGUGUAAUAAAAAUGGUAUUAAUGAAACAGAGCAUUUAAAACAACAAGUUACUAGACUCAAGUGUGACAAACUGGAUUUGCUCAGGCAAAAUGUGACCUGUCAACGGGAUAUCAAACGAUUGCGUGAAAAAGAAUUACAAUUGCAAUCAGAUUUGACAGCAGCAUCGAAAGAGAUUUUACGACUUCGCACAAUGCUCAAAGAUUGCUCGCCCAGUGUAUCAUUGGAAAAAAAUAAUUGAUGAGUACGAUUAUCUGAGUAAUACACCUCUCUGAAAAUAUUGAAAUUUCCAGUAACAAAAGUAAACAACGUGCAGUAUUGUUAUUAUUCUUUCAUUCAAUUUUCGUACUUCCUAUGCCAUUUUUUCUCUAUCUAAAUUGUGCUCUGCAAAACGGCGAUUUUAUAGUUACAGCUCAAUAAUUUGGUCUUGAAUAUUUCGACUAGGAUAAUGCUUAAAAAAGUUUAUUUAGAAAAAUUGCAAAGGUUUUUUUAUCCGUACACUAUUAUUAUUUAGAUUAGUGUAUUUUAUCAUUUAUAACAUAUACCAAAGUUUAAUUUAAAAAACAUUUAUGUGGUUCUAUCAGUUCAUUUAUUGCUCCAUUCGGUUUUCAUUGAAAAACACGUUUCGAAGAGAAUGUUCACAACACAAAUUAUAAUAUAGAACAAUGUAAAUUUUGUAUGAGAAUACUAAUUUGAAAAAAUAAAAACGAAAAAUGUACAUAAA